AUGAAUAACGAUUCAAAUACAAUUCUCGGCAAUGAACAAUGGGUUCAGUGGAUUGAAUAUUGUUCGUAUAAAUGUAAUCAUCCGGAAACUGUUACCAAAGGUUCUGGUGUUGAAAAACUAUGUCAAGCAACAGAUGUCAACUUUGGUAAAAAUGAAAAUGGGUGGAUUUUAUCGAAUAAUAGUCGAGAAGAAAAUUUAAUUGUUUCAUUUCAAUCACCUACAUUUAUCAAUGAAAUCUGUAUUUAUGAAAAUCUCAAUCCCGGUAGUAUCAUGAGGUUGGAAAUACUUGAAUGUCAAAGAAAUAAAUGGUGGACAAUGUGGCAAUCAAAAUCUCAUAUUGAUAAGAUCCCAUUAUCUCAUAAUAUAUUCAAACCACUUUUACGACGUUACCGUUUUCAAUCAGAUACUAUUCGCAUUACUUUCGGUUCAAAAUACACGGAUAAAAUCGGAAUUCAAGCUAUUAAGCUUAUUGGUUCAAAUAUAUUUGAUAUAAAUUUACAUCGUCCAUCAAUAUUACAAGCAAUGAUGACUUUAUACGAACAAAUAUUGAAUGAUACUAAAUUAGAUGUACAGUUUCUUAUUGAUAAUAAAAUUAUCAAUGCACAUCGAAAUAUUUUAUGUUGUCGUUCUUCAUAUUUUCGUGUACUUUUACUUGAUGAUUUCAGGGAAAAAAAUCAAGCAAAACCAAUUGCACUAACUGAUAUUGAUUAUGAAACAUUUAUUGAAUUAUUAUAUUUUAUUUAUACUGGUACAUAUCGUAAAAGUAUUUCAUAUGAUAUGGCAAUUAAAUGUAUGAUCUAUUCAAAUAAAAUCAAUUUGUUAUCUGGAAAAAAUGCUGCAUUUGAAAAAAUUUCUUAUAAUUUAUCUAGAAAUCGUGAUUCAAUUCUAUUGAUGUAUCGUCUUGUCAAACAAAUGUCACCAGCAUUUGAUUUGUUAUUAGAUUAUAUCUAUGAAUUAUGUUCAAAAUGUAUGAAUGAAAUAUGCAAGACACAAGAAUUCUAUGACCUUGAUAAACAUUUAAUGAUUGAUUUAAUAUGCCAAUCAGCACAACGACGCGAUAUUCGUGAACAAGCAACUUCAUAA